AUGUCGAACGCAAAGGGAACCGUCGGAUUCAUCGGCUUGGGCAGUAUGGGCAAGCCGAUGGCGGUGAAUGUAGCCAAGGCUGGGUUCGGCGUCAAGGCGUUUGAUCUGCGCGCCAAGGCAGUGGAUGCGUUCGUGCAGGCCUCGGCGAGCGAUGGUGGUGCAAGCGCAACGUCGGCGCUGGACGCUGCUGCGGGGAGCGACUUUUUGGUGCUCAUGGUGGUCAACGACUCGCAAGCACGGUCGAUCCUGUUCGAUCGAUCGACGCCGGAAAGCAAGACGCCGCUCGAGGCGCUCAACGCGUCUGCCUGUGUGAUUCUCAUGGCCACCUGUUCUCCCGGCGCGGUCGUGGCGUUGGAGAAAGACAUGCUGGCCGUGCGGGCCGACGUAGCGCUGGUGGAUGCACCCGUUUCGGGCGGUGUGAGUGGGUCCACAAACGGCACACUGACCAUCAUGGUCGGCUGCACACCCGCCGCAUACGAACGCUCACGACCCGUACUGUCCGCCAUGGGCGACAAGCUGUACCACAUGGGCAACGAGGUGGGCAAGGGCAACAGCAUGAAGGCGAUCAAUCAGGUGCUUUGUGGCAUCCACGUCGCUGCGGCCGCUGAAGCCCUCGCACUCGCCACCAAGCUAGGAGUGGACCGCGAAACGGCGCUCGAGAUCGUCAGCAACUCGGCAGCCAGCUCGUGGAUGCUGCGGGAUCGAGGCCCGAGAAUGCUCCAGGAAGAACCAGAGAUCCACUCCAUGACCCAGAUCUUUGUCAAGGACCUAGCGAUUGUCGCCGAGGCAGGCAGGCAGUACGGCGCCGCUCUGCCACUCAGCGUCGCUGCACACCAGAUGUUCGUCGCUGCCGAUGCGAGGGGCCAGCGACACAUGGACGACUCGAGCGUCAUCCGGUGCUACGAGGCACUCAACGGCCCUGCUCCCAAGUGA